UUCCACAAGACCAAUUAAGCUCCGCAGGAGCGCGAAUCUUACGAGCAGCGUGAGGGACAGCGCAGCCGCCUUCUGAGAAGACCGGCGUGUAUCAUGUGAUUCUCACUGGAAUACAACAAGUAUGGGCACAUUUCCGUUUCACGGAAACUAUAUGAUUUAAUGACAAAAAUUUGCCGCAUCUUGGUACUUUACCAUGGAGCAAUCAGACUCGCCACAAGUUCUGGAAGUUCAUGAGAUCGAAACGGAAGAUGUACAAAUAGUUGAAAUCGUCAAACCAGAUAUAAAAACCAUUGCAGAAAGUAGUCAAGAUUUAUCCAAGGUGUACAAGCUACCGUCGGAAUCUCUAUUAACAGUAGACAAUACUGAUAUUCAUACAGGAGUUAAGUCAAAAGAUCAUGUAGACAAAAGCCACAGCGAGGUAUCUACUAAAGAAAUUGACAAUGAUGUCAAUAAUCAAGUGGAAUCUGAGUCAACGGAGCCAAAUGUAGAGGUACAUAAAUCAGAACAGGAAGAGAUCAAAAUCUAUGAUAUAAAAGACGAGGUAAAUUCAAAUCAUGAAUCACAACACUUGUCUAAUGAGGAAGACCAAAGCCUAAAUGUGAUAACUGAAUCUAAAAUAAUAAAUGAAGAUAAAGAAGCAACGAAGGCAACGGAUAGUCUACAAAAUGACUGUAUUAUAAUAGAGGACGCAAAUCAAUUUGAUUCCAGGGAUAAGCAGAAUGUAGUACCAGACGAGUCUAGAGUUAGUAAACAUGAGGGCCAAAGUCAUGACUCGUAUAAGUCAAUUGAAGAAACAAUCAAGGAAAUGCAUGAUAGCGAUAGUAAUCAGAAUAACUCAGUAGCAACUAAUGCUGAACCAACUAAGUUGAUGCAGGAAGAAACAGAGGUAGUUGUAGUAGUAGAGACUGUACCAGACACAACUAACACAACAGCAGAUAAUUUUAUUGUUACUUUACAAAAGAAAGAUUCUGAUAAGGAAUGUAAUCAAGAAAAUGUUACUUUGCAAGAAAAACAAAUUGCAAAAUCUGAACAUGGGAACAAUAAGAUUGAUCUAAUUCGUUAUAGUCAAGAAAGUGACGAUACCAUACUAGAAGUAACAGAAAUUAUAGAUACUCCACUUGACGAACGAUACAAGCAGCAAAGUAAUACGGGCUACAUAGACAGUAAUAAAUGCGAUACGAAAUCCAUAAAACUAGUUGAUAGGAAAAUUACAGUAGAUGAAAGUGUAAAUGAUGAAAAUAUUAAAAUAAAAGCGACUGAUAAAAGUUUGAUAAAUUCUGGAAAAAAGAAUAAAGAAGAUAUCACUAUUAUUAUAGAUGAGAAAAUUAUAAUCACAGAAGUUGAGUCUUCUCAAACAGAUCUACCACAAAUUGAAAAUAUCCAUAAAAAUAUUGUUAAGGAGAUAACUGAGCAUAAACAAGAUGAUACCUCUGUUGACAAAGUGUCCACAGUGGAUUCAUCGAAGAAAAGAAGCUUUAUCCAAGAUAUAUUUGAUGAUUGGGGUGUUGAGAAUACGGAUGAAGAUACACAAUCAAGUUCAAAAGUACAAGACUCUGUUGAGAUUGAAUUAAAAAGCCUAAUGGAUGAAACGAAGACAGACCAGACUGUUUCGAGUGAAUCAGUUGCAACUUGUCAAGAAAAAGUCCCUUCUGCAGUUGAAGAAUAUGAUGAGACACAUAAUAUUGUAAGUACAAUCGAGAAGAGUACAACGAAACAGCCGACUGAAGAAACAGAAAAUCAAAAGAAAAACAAAGCUGUUAAUAAGGACGCAAUAUCAUUGAAUAAAAAUGAAACGAAUUUUCCUGUGCCAACUGUGAACAAAUCUUCACGAAGUAUGGAUACGCAUCCGGUUAACGCGUCGUCACACGACACUACAGUUCCUAAAAGUCGCGCUCGGCAUUUAACCAGUCAGAUAGUGUCGCCAGCCGAAGUGACGGAAGUGUUGAAGGAGCGUUUUCGCGAAAAGCAGAAGAGCGUAGAGGCAUCGCGUGGACCAGAUAUAUUCUUUGUGAAAAAAUUAACGCAAAGACUGUCUAGUAAGUUGGCAGGUAGCACAGUAUCCAAUCCAGUACCAAAACUCAUACCAUUACCACAGCAAACUGCUUCUUCAAAUCCAUCUCCCUCUUCUGUUGCUGCAUCAUCGACACUGGAAAACUGUGAUAAAAAGGAAACGGAAAACACAACAACGGAAGCUGGCAAGGAUAGUAAUUCUGAUAACAAAGAACUAUUGGCCAUCUUAGAGGGUGACAUUGAUCCUGACUGGUCCAUUUUGAAACCACCAGUUCUCACCGAAGAAAGCAAAACGGCGUCAAAUACCGUGGAACACUCUGAACAAAGCAGUCCACCAAAACUCGAUCCGUUAAUUGAACGAGAAUUGGCGCUGAAACAGCUCCUUGAAUUGCCCAUAGCACCGUCCAAGAUUUCAUUGCGGAAAAAGAAAACGUUCCGAGCAGCGUCUGGUAAAGCAUCUAAGGACGCGACGAUUGUCGAGAAAAGUUCGCUUGCUGCACAACGAAAGGAAACUAAUGUAGAUUUAGCAAGUGAAAAUACGCAACCAAAUACAAAAUCCGUUGAAAUUGAUUUAAAUUCUUUAUCUCAUGAAAAGAAUCAGGAUCAGAUAAAUUUACGAUUAGAAGAGUCGAGAUCAGGCAGAAAGCGUAAACCCACCGAAAAAGCAAGAGAGCACGAAGAAAAUACGAUAAAACGACAGAAGGUAUAUAGAGGUAAAGUUUCGAUAAAUAAGAAACAAAUAGAAGAAAAGUCCGUCUCUAGUGAUAACUUGACGGUUGAAAAUCAUGUUGCGACGAACGUUGCUGUAAAUAAUGAGAAAAUUGCCAUGAAAGAAGCAGCAGGUAAACAGUCUGAGAAUAAAAUAGAUUCAGUUCUUAAUAAAAUUGAAGAUUCUUCUUCAAAACGGUCGAAGCCUGGUCUUGUUAAAAAAGGACCGAUCACUAAGAAGAAAAUGGUAGUUAAGAAGUUGUUGCGCCAAAAAGUGUCACCUGAUAAGAAAUCUGUUCAGCUGAAAACUAAGCUGACUUCGUCGCCGAAGAAGACACCCCCGAAAGCUGUCUCAAAAUCGCCAAAGCGGACGACUGAAGUUCCAGUUGGUGACGUGAAGCCUAAGAAGAAGAAUAUAAAUGAGAUAGACAGAUUGUUACAAGACGAAGGUGUUGUCAAUUUACUGUACGAUGUAGAACAGCCGGAUAGAAAACGCCUGGUUCCUAUUACAAAGUCACGAGCGAAAGUAAUGGACCUGCAGAAAGUGCAACGUGAACUUAAAAUUAGAAAAAAAUUAGUUCGCAAUGCUGUGUUGCGAUUACGUACGUCAACGACCGCGGAUGUUUCGAAAUCUCCGAGGUCAAAAAGAACGACGAUUCAUGCGGUUGAUGCUCAAGACAAAAAGAUGGUAGAGCAAGUCUCGUCACCAAAAACUGCAUCACCCACAGAAUUUAUUCUUCCCGCAAAGAUUCGAAAUGCGGCUGACGCGUCUAUCAUUGUCAGGAGACACUCGUCUAGUUCAUUUUCGAGUGCAUCUGGAAGUCCCAGAGUUAGCGUUGACUCAUCUGAGAAAUUUAUAGAAGCCGUCAAGUCGGAAGACGGAACAAUUCAUUCCUUGAGAUCUGCCAAAAAGAGACGAGAUUCACAAGAUGAGAAAAUUAAUUAUUCGAAGAAGAAGAAGAAAACUAUACAAAAGUCUGAUACUGAUGUUACUGCUACUAAUAUCAGUACCAUCUCUACUACAACUACUACAAUUGCCAGCAAUACUAUUGCUAAUAAUACGGAAGAAAAAGUUAAUGUACGCCCCGGUAAGAAAUCAGAAAUCAAGAAAAUGGACAAAAUCGGGAAGCAACAGGAAAACAUUUCUGCAGUUGAAGACAAUGUUUCGAGUAAAGUUACAACCCGAUCGUCGAAUGGUGCAGUAUCAGGGAAAGUAACAGCAAAGAGCAAAAAAGUUAUGAGAAGCAAAGUAACUUUUGCCAAGGCAAAUGAGCCUGAUAAUGCUGAGGAUUCUUUGAAAAAUGAUGAUAAAUUAUCUGCUUGUCUUGCUGAAGCAGCUACUGCUCUUUCAGUCGUCAAUGCCAGAAAUGGUGCGACUACGCGAAAGAGCAAAGGUAAAGUAAAUACAAAUACUGUGAAACCAUUGGAUAUAGAUAGUAACAAAAUGAAAACGGAAAUACAAGCUCAAUUCAGUAAUAAAGAAAUAAAUGUUCGACGACAUGGUAAUCUCGUACAAUUAAUACUUACACCAUCCUCUUCGACAAAAAUAAGAAAUGCUCUUACAUUACAAGUAAUGCAAGAAUUCAAAGAGGCUUUGUCGAUAUUAAAAAGAGAUGACAAAUGUAGGGUAGUACUCUUAACAUCUACGGGUACAAGCUUUUGUGAAGGUCUCGAUCUUUCCACAUUAUUGCAUUCAAAUAAGGAUGAACGACGAUCCAUCGCUCAAGAGUUGGCACUUGCUGUCAAGGACUUUAUAAAAAGUUUAGCUACUUUUAAUAAACCUAUAGUAGCUGGUGUACAAGGUGCUGCAAUUGGACUUGGAGUGACUAUGUUACCUCUUUUUGACCUUGUAAUUGCUAGUGAUAAAGCGACGUUCUGUACGCCUUACGGAAAAUUAGGACAAAUUGCCGAAGGUGCUGCAGUCUUCACUCUGUCACACAUACUAGGCAGUGCAAUUACGAGCGAGCUUCUUUUGGGAGGAAGAACUUUAACAGCGAGUGAAGCAUUAAGAGCCGGUCUUGUUACUCGAGUUUUAUGGCCUGAUCGGUUUCAAGUCGAAUUAUUACCAUCAUUGAGGGCUAUGAGCGAUCAAUCGUCACAGUCCAUGGAAGCAACAAAGGCUCUACUACGUCACAGUUUACGGAAAAAAUUAGAUGCCGCACUUGAAUCAGAAACAUACUUAUUAAUUCAACAUUGGUGUUCUAUAGAAUGCCAAACUACUAUAAAGGCUUACAUUGAUGGAAAAAUUGAAUAAACAAUAGUAAGCCCUUCAUAUACAUGUGUACUACUGUUUAGUUGUGAUUUUGCAAUCUGUGUUAAAAAUCAGAUGUGACAGGUUCGUGAAUAUUGAUGGAGAUAAUAACACAAAAAUCGACAUAUAAAAUUGAUGUCCUAUAAACUUUUUAAUGCGACAUUCUACGUCAAUGCACUCUAUAAUAUAUAAUUUAGAUAUAAGAUAUAAAUAUUGAG